AUGUCUCAAGAAACAACUGUCUGGGGUCCUGCAUACAAUGAAUAUCGUUUUGGUGAUUCGCCCUCUGAUGUAAAUAAGAAUUUACCUGUAUCCUUUGGAACGGUAGAAUGGAAUAUACUUCCAGUUGCAAUUGAAUAUAAAGAAAAUGAAGUGAGAUACUUUUGCGUUCCUCUUCAUGAUUUUCCUGAUCCAACAAAGUUCGUACCUCCGAACACUUACGUCUCAUCAUCAAGCUAUGCUUGUUUUCUCUUCACGAAUGGCAAAUUAUUUCGCACCUCGAUUCGUCUUAUUCACGAUGAUCAAGCUCGAAAUUAUAAAAAUGUUACAGAAGCGUAUGCUCAUGCUGUCAAUACACCUGUUUUUAGUGAUGGAACAUUUCAUUACGAAGAUGAACGUAUUUUCUACUAUUCUUCUUUCCAAAGUGAUCACACGGUAAUUGAAACAAUUUUAAAGGGCUGUGUCAAACCGGAUGGAAAUUUUUGGAAUCCAUAUCCUAUGGAAAAUACAUCGCAGACAACGUCGAAUUCGCUUCCUUCUUCUAGCUCAUACGAUGUAAUGAUUAGUUAUUGUCAUCAUGAUAAAGAUUUAUGUCAUAAGUUGUAUGAGCGUCUAGUUCAAGAUGGCUACCGAGUUUGGAUCGACCUCGAAAAUAUGUAUGGUGAGACUGUGACGCGAAUGGCAGAAGGCAUUGAAAACUCGAAAUUCGUUCUUAUUUGCAUGUCCGAGAAGUAUAAAUCGAGUUCCAGCUGUCAACUUGAAGCCGAAUAUGCAUUCAAAACUCAACGUUGUCUCAUACCCUUAAUAUUUCAAAAAGGUUAUAAGCCCACUGGUUGGCUCGGAAUGUUGGCUGGGCUCAGAAUGUAUGUUGAUUUUACAAAAUAUAACUUCGACACGGCUUAUGAGAAACUCAUCACAGAAAUCGAACGAUAUCGAAAACAAAAGUAG